ACCACUUCCCCUCAGAGCCAAUCAGAAGCCGGGGCUCACCCCGUGGCCCUGAGGUAAAGUUAUUUAUAAACGCCUCCCUGGAUUAUUUGAGCAGAGCCCUUUUGCACACCUCGGAACACCUUUCGGCUCCCCGCUCCCCAGACACACCUGCAGCCCUGCCCGGCUGGCUCCUCUCACCCACUGUGACGUCACAGGGGUGGCGUGCCAGCCACGUGCUGGGCGCCAAGCAAAACAGCCAGGGCAAGUGUGUGCCUCAUCAGUGCCUGGGAAGGAAGGCCACCAAAAGAACUUGUCAAUGCCCCAGACAUGAGCCAGCCCAGGCCCCGCUACGUGGUAGACCGAGCUGUAUACUCUCUCACCGUCCUUGAUGAUGAGUUUGAGAAGAAGGACCGGACGUACCCCCUGGGAGAGAAACUUCGCCAUGCCUUCAGAUGUUCCUCGGCCAAGAUCAAAGCUGUGGUGUUUGGGCUGCUCCCUGUGCUCUCCUGGCUCCCCAAGUACAAGAUCAAAGACUACAUCAUCCCCGACCUGCUGGGCGGACUCAGUGGUGGAUCCAUCCAGGUCCCACAAGGCAUGGCAUUUGCUCUGCUGGCCAACCUUCCUGCCGUCAAUGGCCUCUACUCCUCCUUCUUCCCCCUCCUCACCUACUUCUUCCUGGGGGGUAUACACCAGAUGGUGCCAGGUACCUUUGCCGUUAUCAGCAUCCUGGUGGGUAACAUCUGUCUGCAGCUGGCCCCAGAGUCGAAGUUCUGGGUCUUCGACAAUGCCACCAACAAGAGCUACGUGGACACGGCGGCCAUGGAGGCCGAGAGGCUGCACGUGUCCGCAACGCUGGCCUGUCUGACGGCCGUCAUCCAGAUGGGCCUGGGCUUCGUGCAGUUUGGUUUUGUGGCCAUCUACCUGUCCGAGUCCUUCAUCCGGGGCUUCAUGACGGCGGCCGGCCUGCAGAUCCUAAUCUCGGUGCUCAAGUACAUCUUUGGACUGACCAUUCCUUCCUACGCAGGCCCGGGGUCCAUCAUCUUUACCUUCAUUGACAUUUGCAAAAACCUCCCCCACACCAACAUCGCCUCGCUCAUCUUCGCCCUCAUCAGUGGCGUCUUCCUGGUGCUGGUGAAGGAACUCAACGCUCGCUAUAUGCACAGGAUCCGCUUUCCCAUCCCUACAGAGAUGAUCGUGGUGGUGGUGGCGACCGCUAUCUCUGGGGGCUGUAAGAUGCCCCAAAAGUAUCACAUGCAGAUCGUGGGAGAGAUCCAACAUGGGUUCCCCACUCCCGUGUUGCCUGUGGUUUCCCAGUGGAAGGACAUGAUGGGCACGGCCUUCUCGCUGGCCAUUGUGGGCUAUGUCAUCAACCUGGCCAUGGGCCGGACCCUGGCCAGCAAGCACGGCUAUGAUGUGGAUUCGAACCAGGAGAUGAUCGCCCUGGGCUGCAGCAACUUCUUUGGCUCCUUCUUUAAAAUCCACGUCAUUUGCUGUGCCCUCUCUGUCACUCUGGCUGUGGAUGGAGCUGGAGGAAAGUCCCAGGUGGCAAGCCUGUGUGUGUCCCUGGUCGUGAUGAUCACCAUGCUGGUCCUGGGGUCCUAUCUAUACCCUCUCCCCAAGUCUGUGCUGGGAGCACUGAUCGCUGUCAACCUCAAGAACUCGCUCAGGCAGCUCGCUGACCCUUACUACCUGUGGAAGAAGAGCAAGCUGGAUUGUUGUGUCUGGAUGGUAAGCUUCCUAUCUUCGUUCUUCCUGAGCCUGCCGUACGGUGUGGCCGUGGGCGUCGCCUUCUCCGCCCUGGUGGUGGUCUUCCAGACUCAGUUUCGAAAUGGCUAUGCUUUGGCCCAGGUCAUGGACACUGACAUUUAUGUUAAUCCCAAGACCUAUAAUAGGGUCCAGGAAAUCGAAGGGGUUAAGAUUGUCACUUACUGCUCCCCUCUCUACUUUGCCAACUCGGAGAUCUUCAGGCAAAAGGUCAUUGCCAAGACGGGUGUGGACCCCCAGAAAGUGCUGCUGGCCAAGCAAAAAUACCUCAGGAGGCAGGAGAAGGGGAGGCUGAGGCCCACACAGCAGAGGAAGUCUCUGUUUAUGAAAACCAAGACCGUCUCCCUUCAGGAGCUUCAGCAGGACUUCGAGAACGCCUCCCCGACGGACCCCAACAACAACCAGACUCCUGCUAACGGCGCCAGCAUCUCCUACAUCACCUUCAGCCCUGACAGCUCCCCAGCGGCCCACUGUGAGCCACCAGCCUCCACUGAGAUGCCCAGUGAGCCCAGUGACAUGCUGGCCAGCGUCCCACCCUUUGUCACCUUCCACACCAUCAUCCUUGAUAUGAGUGGGGUCAGCUUUGUGGACCUGAUGGGCAUCAAAGCCCUGGGCAAGCUGAGCUCCACCUAUGGGAAGAUCGGUGUGAAGGUCUUCUUGGUGAACAUCCAUGCCCAGGUGUACAACGACAUCAGCCACGGCGGCGUCUUUGAAGAUGGGUGUCUAGAGCGCGACCACGUCUUUCCCAGCAUACAUGAUGCUGUCCUCUUUGCCCAGGCAAACGCCAGAGAAGUGGUCCCAGGACGUGACUUCCAAGGGGCUCCAGUGGACCCGGAGCUGUCCUUAUAUGAUUUGGAGGAGGAUAGCCCCAGCUACUGGGACUUAGAGCAGGAGAUGUUCGGGAGUAUGUUUCACACGGAGACCCUGACUGCCCUGUGAGGGCCCAGCCAGCCCUCCAUACUGUCUCCAGAGCACAUGGCAUCCGGGACUCCCAAGAAGAACGAGCCUGGGGUC